UCACACUCACAGGCUGGCUUGGUCACAUGCGUGCAAAGGAGUGCUCCCUCCUGCAGAGAGAAAGUUAGAAACGGGAGCAGCCAAGGUCCGAGCGCGGGUGUGAGGAGCGCACAGCAGCCACCUCUACCUCAUCGCCCUGGGAUGGCGCUUCUCGUUGGCACACGCGCAUAGCAGUCAGAGAUGGCGCCAGACAUGUGGCUCUUCUCUGCCAUCCUUGGAUUGCUGACGGCGGCCGUCUCAGGUCACCCGUCUCCAGCCCCAUCUGGCCAGCCUGACACCAGCAGUGCAGAGAGCCAGCCCUUGGAGCCAGGACAGCGACUCGGGGUCCGCCUGGUGAACGGAAGCGGCCACUGCAGUGGGACGGUGGAGGUCUGGAUCCAGCAGUCCUGGGAGCCCGCGUGCGGGGCGUUCUGGAACCGCAAUGCCACCGAGGCCGUGUGCCGCGCGCUGGGCUGCGGCGGGGCCGGGCCGGGCAUCCAGCCCACCCUGCUGCCCUUGGAGCUGCCACUUGGUCCAGGCGCGGGGAACGCCAGCGAGGCCCCGAACACCACGCUGGCACUGGCGCCCGCCGUCCUGUGCAGAGGGGCGGAGUGGCCGCUCUGCGACGUGGUGGAGCACGUGUGCGACAGCGCCGGGAAGCAGGCUGAGGUCACCUGCGCAGAGAACCACGCAGUGCGGUUGGUGGGCGGCAGCAGUCCGUGCGCCGGCCGCGUGGAGAUGCUAGAGCACGGCCAGUGGGGGUCGGUGUGCGACGACACGUGGGACUUGAAUGACUCCCACGUGGUGUGCCGGCAGCUGAACUGCGGCUGGGCAGUUCAGGCCCUGCCCGGCUUGCACUUUACCCCUGGCCAAGGACCCAUCCACCGGGACCAGGUGAACUGCACAGGGAAUGAGCACUACCUGUGGGAUUGCCACGGGCUGCCGGGAAAUGGCUACUGUGGUCACAAGGAGGACGCCGGCGUGGUGUGCUCAGAGCACCAGUCCUGGCGCCUAACGGGGGGCGCCGACCUCUGCGAGGGGCAGGUGGAAGUACAUUUCCGUGGGGUCUGGAGCACAGUGUGCGACAGUGAGUGGUACGACUCGGAGGCCCGGGUGCUCUGCCGGGCCUUGGGCUGCGGCACCGUGGCCUCGACACCCAAGGGGCUGCCCCACUCCCUGCCGGGGAAAAUGUACUACUCGUGCAAGGGGGAGGAGCCCACCCUCUCCGAUUGCUCCUGGAGGUUCAACAACUCCAACCUCUGCAGCCAGUCGAGCGCAGCCAGAGUCCUCUGCUCAGGCUCCCGGAGUCUGCUCAACCUGUCCACUUCGGAAGCACCCACCAGCCUUCAGCCGGUCACUGUCGAAUCUACUGUGACCCAGCAAGCGGAAGCCUGGAAAUCCCGAGAACUAAUGCUUCUCAUCAUUUGCGUCAUUCUGGGAAUUCUCCUCCUCGGCCUCCUCAUCUCCACAGCCUUCAUCCUCUUGAAAGUUAAAGGAAAAUAUGCCCUGCCCACUGUGGUGAACGACCAGCACCCACCCACCACCACCCCAGAAGCGAUCAAUAACUAUCAAGAUGUCCCCAUCACCAUUUCCAAAGAAGAAGUUCCCAAGCUGCCCAUCCAGGUCCAGGCCCCACUCCCCAAGGACUCGGACUCCAGCUCGGACUCAGACUAUGAGCACUAUGACUUCAGCACCCAGCCUCCCGUGGCCCUGACCACCUUCUACAAUUCCCAGCGGCACCGCGUCACGGAGGAGGAGGCCCAGCAGAGCAGGUUCCAGAUGCCCCCCCUGGAGGAAGGACUUGAAGAGGCACAGGGCUCCCAGGUCCCACCCGCCAGCUCCAGCGCUGGCCACUACGUUGUCGCAGACACGCCCUCCCUGGCCUCCCAACACCACCCGAGAAGCGACAGGGGGUCCAGCACAUCGUCCGGAGAGGACUAUUGCAAUAGCCCCAGCAGCAGGCUGCCUCUGUGGACCCCUCAGGCGUUUUCUACAGAGAGAAGCCCCUUCUUGGAGCAGCCCCCCAACUUGGAGCUGGCUGGCUCCCAAGCUACUUUUUCAGGGCCCUCGGCUGACGACAGCUCCAGCACCUCAUCCGGGGAGUGGUACCAGAACUUCCAGCCGCCGCCCCAGCCUCCCGAGACGGAGCAGUUUCAGUAUCCAGGAAACCCGGUGCCCCGGCCUGACUCCACCGGCCAUGAGGACUACGAUGACAUCGGAGCCUCCUAGGCUGGGCCCCAGUGAGGCUCCCGGAGGCUCCCUUCCGCCGGACUCCAGCUCCACCUGCCCCUGCUUUCCCACCCGGUCCCCCCCAGAUCGCCCCCCAGGGGGCCAAGAAGCCUUCCCCAGAGAGAUGCAAGGAAAGCCUUCACCCUGCACCACCCAGUCUCCAUCCAUCAAACAGAAGCUGCUCACCCAGCCCUCCCCUAGCCCCAAACAGCCCCGAGGUGGAGGGUGCUGCCACGGAGAGAGAGUGAGCUCCCCGUCUCAAGGAUGAACAAGCAGCCCGGGCCACCUCUCAGCAGGCUGCAAGGAGAGGCUGAACCAAAGACUCCCGAGACCCCCUUCUGAUCCCUCCGGUGUCUGCGAUUUGUUUGCUUCCCUGAGUCUCAGCUCGGGGCCCAGAGGUUCUGAGAGAACAAAAAUGGGCCCCAUCCCAGUGCUGCCCAGGGAGGCCCCGUGUGCAGGGGUUGCUGGGCUGCUUUGGCGGAUUCUGGGGCUGGAGUGGGGGCGGUACACUCACUGACCCAGGUUGGCAACCGUCUGGGGUAUGGAGUCCAGCCUUCCUGGGAACAGCCUGCUGACCGCAGGCAGGAUGACUGCCCCUCCCCCAUGACCAAGGGGCUGGCACUGCAGCCGGCCCUGCCUCUGGAGACCCUCAGAGCCCACCAGGGCGCAGCCCUGUUCUGCAGUGACUGUCCCUGUAUGGAAGAUCCUUAUUCUGAGCCUCCCGUGGCUUACAGAGAUGGCCCUAGCCCAGCCCCCCCUUAGACCUCAAGUUGGGCCCCAGUGUCCAUGGCAGCAGGAGGGGCCCAGAGGCUGCACCAAGUGCCUGGUGCCCAGCCGCCUGCUUGGAUUGCUGGGUGCUUCCCCGAGGAGCGCGGGAAUAUGCAGUGUCGCACCCAGAGCCACAGACGUGUCCCGGCAGCCUCCAGAGAGAGGCCCAAGGGCUCAGGGCCAGCUGCUGGUGUCCUGUUCCGAGCGUCUUGAGAUUAAAGUAAUUGCUGAAUAAAAACGA